AUGGAGGGUCCGGAUGAUCGACCCUACUACCUCACACCCAACGACGUCGCCGACUGGCUCAAGCUCAACUACAAGCUGGGCAAGCAGGGGCACAUGGCGAAGAGCACGAUCUACAACGACUACCUCGAGCUGUGCGAGGAGCGCGGAGCCAAGCCCAUCAUCUCACCCACCUUUUUCGGCAAGUUGGUGAAGCGGGCAUUCCCCGGUAUCCAGUCUGUGCGCAAGGGACCCCGCGGCCAGGUCCGCCAGUGCUACGCCCGGCUCAAGAAGCGCAAGAACCAACUGGUCGCCGCCCCUCAUGGCGGUGCCGGCGCCUAUGACGGCCUGUCGCCAGCCGGAGCGCAUCACCAGACACCAACAACGACAACUCCGCCGCUCGAUCUGACCGUCGGACAGCAGCAGCAGCUCCACGCGGCCGCCUACCAGCAGUACUACCAGCAGCAGUUUGCGGGGCUGCACGCGGCCCAGUACGGCCUGGCCGGCCACCACUACGCCGCUUACCCCGGCCUGGCCGGUCAACAGCACCGGACUGAAGUCGAUCGACCGGCCCAGCAGCAGCAACACUACGUCGACCAUCACCAUCUGCUCCAGCAACACCAACAGCUCCCGCAGCUCGAGGUGGUGCAGCACCACCUGCUCGCGCUCCGGGGCCGAGUUAAGGAAGAACAGCAGAACCAGCACCAGUACUCCGGCGGUGGCUCAGGAGGCGGUAGCGGUGAGGCCGCCGAUGACGAGCGAAACUACGGCUCUCCCGGCCAGCACCAUCAUCAGGCGGGGUCCCGGGGCUCGUCUGCCGUGGCCGAUGGCUACGGAAGAGGAGACUCGGCGGCCGCCGAUGCAGCGUCGACGCAAGGCUCGUCGCCGCUCCUGUCCUCGUCGCUGUCGUCGUCUUCGCCGGCCUACAACCUGCUGCCGCCGCUCCAAUCGAGCUCGCUGCACCAGCACUCGCCACUUCUCUACUCUGCCUUCCACUCACCGGCCGACGCCGCCAGCCACUAUGGUCUGAGGCACCACCAACAGCCCGCCAACAGCAGCAGCAGCGCUGACGACCUCUCGGGGUCAACCUCCGCCCAGCGGACCGCCUAUGCGUCCGCACUGGGCAGUUUUUCCCACUUCCCGACCACCACGUCGUCGAUCAGCGCGCACCCGCCCACCCCGAACUACAACAACCUUGAUUCCUCCUCUUCGCCCAAUCUUCUGACCUCGCCCACCCUCCCGCCACCCUCGCCGCUUUUCCCUCCUCUCUCAUCUUCAUCAUCGUCUUCUUCCUCGUCGCAGAUCUACAUGCCCGCGCACCACCAACAGCACCAUCAACAGCAGCAGUCGCCGACCUAUCCCUACUACUAUCGCACAUCAACGGAACAACACUACACCCACACGAGCUCGCCGCCAGGGUCGUCGCCCUCGUCGUCCCAGCACCUCCAGUCCCAAGCUCCGCCUCCGGCCAUCCUCCACCCUCCGCUCACGCACCCCGGAGGCGCACACUACGCCAUGCGGCUCACGCCGCUGCCGCCCUACCCCAGCAGCUACACAUCGCUCCACUCCGGCGCCGGCGGCUCGGAUAGAGCGUCAGCGGGGGCUGAUGACACCGAAGGCGCUCGCCGUGGCAGCUGA